GGCCUGGGACCUGGCUUGGUUUCUCAAAGUCAAACUCAAAUUCGGGGCUUUACUUGCUUGGUGGCUAAUAGAGAAGCAAGGAAAUUUGCUUCCCUGUACAGAAAGGUGCGAGGAAGGAAGGCCGCUCCGUUGAGUGUCUACCCUAGGCCCUGUGGGCUUCCAUAAUAUUCUGCAUUGGAUGAUUUCGACGAGUUGACGAGUGAGAAGUGACCGGUGAAAGUAUGGACACCGAAACCUGCCACAAGUCGGAAUCUGCCGACAAUGUCGUUCAAGCUUCUCCUUCAAUGUCUGGAUGGCAGUCGAUGUGCAAAGAUUUCAAGGACAGUUACCUGAUGCGGAUACACACAGCAUUUUGGCUGCUUGGGCUGUGCAAUCACUUCGGUGGCGUCAUUAUCCUGAGCGGUGCUCAUGACAUUGUGCGUGGACAGGAUCAUCAUGAAGUCCGAACCUCUGGUCGACCUCAUCGUUAUGGUAGUGCCGGCGGCGGUGGCGGCGUGAACAGGUCAUAUGGCAAUGAGACACAGUGUGACGACCUGGAAUGCAACCAACACAGUACAGCCAUAGUGCUAUUGGCACACGUCGUGCCGGCACUGCUGAUGAAGCUCCUUGCGCCGCACGUCACACACCUUAUCUCGUUCAACAUACGCGUUGCAUCCUGCAUGAUGCUGUGCAUAAGCAGUCUGCUGGUGGUGGCGUUGGUGCACGAGCGCAUGCUCAGCUUGGCCGGCGUCGUGCUGAUGAGCUUGUCGAUGAGCUUGGGCGAGGUCACCUUCCUCAGCAUGACGGCACAGUUCCCCGUGUCGGCGGUGUCCUAUUGGUCAUCUGGCACUGGUGCGUCGGGCGUGAUUGGCGCUUGGGGCUACGUGCUGAUGCGUCGUCACCUAUCGCCUCGCGACUCCAUGCUGGUCUGUCUUGUUGCCCCAAUCUUGAUGGGCUUGACCUAUUGGAAGAUUUUGAAGCUACCCACACUAUCCCAUGGAGAGGCUGUGGUGACCAUCAAAGCGAACUUGGACGACGACAGCAGCAGUGAUACCAUGUCAGUCUCAUCUGAGGCCUCGCUCGAUCCCAAGCAUACUGAAGUGCUGUGGAAGUCUCGGCGCCCCUUGAAAUCCGCCCCAACGUCGCUUCGCAACCGCAUGCUUCAGCUGAGAGUGCUGCUCCAGUACAUGGUUCCACUAUUCUUUGUCUACUUCGCUGAGUAUCUCAUCAAUCAGGGUCUCUAUGAGCUGAUGAUUUGGCGAACGUGUAUCUUCAUUGAUCCUGGUGAGCAGUACCGCUGGUUCCAGGCUCUCUAUCAGUUUGGUGUCUUCAUCUCCAGGUCAUCAUCCCAGAUUUUGCCUAUCAAUCCAAUCUGGCUACUGUCCACGUUGCAACUCGUCAACUUGGGUGUUCUGUUCAUUGAGGUAGACAAGCACAUCUUCCCCAAUAUCUACAUUCCAUUUGUCUUCACUUUCUAUGAGGGCUUGUUGGGUGGUGCUUGCUACGCUAAUGCAUUCACCAGGAUCCAUCGUGAGGUUGCUCCGGCUCAACAAGAGUUUUCUCUUGGCGCAGCUAGUGUUGCUGACUCACUGGGCAUCGCAGUGGCCGGAGUCACGGCACUGCCCAUCCACUCGCACUACUGCAGUAUGUGGGCGAGGAAGUGAGCCCUGUGGACAGUCUACGAGGUCGCUGCGAGUGUGUGCUUGCGUGUGUGUGUGUGUGUUUGUGUGUGUUUGUGUGUGUGCGCACACACGCGUGCAUGCGUACGUGUUUGUGUGCAUGCCGUGCGCGUGCGUUUACACAUGUGUGUGUGUGUGUAUGUGCAAUAAGCCCAAAGCAUAGUUGCUGUAUGCCAUUUGAAGCAACAGCAAGAACUGUUCGUGCUGCUAUGUCUUGUCUCUCUACUCACUUGUAAAUCACAGACCGAUUGUUCCUAUUCUUGUUUUCUAUAUAUUUCUGACCUAUCCCAUGCUGCUGAACUGAAUGCAUGCAGUAGAUAAUAGUUUCACUGACCUCAUUUUGCCGGAGUUUGGAAUCCUUCCCUCUUCAGAGUAGUUACAGCUUGCUGAGUCCCCUUACCUUUCUUGCUCCUACCCUUAGUUUCUACACUAUUCCAUCUGUAGAGCCAACCCUAUUAGUAUUUGGCAAAGCCUGGGCCGCCGACCCAGCGCCAGCUAGAUCCUAGACGCAGCGCACAACUAUUUGUGUAGCUCGCACAAAUCAACCGUCUUACAUGCAUGCUUUCUCCUGCGGAAGAGAAAUCUACUUUCUUUUCCACCGUAGUGUUUUGAGUUUCUCAGACGCUCCCAACCACGUUUCUUCAAGGCCAGUUUAUUAUA